GUAGUGGUUGCCAUAACAAAUAAUGGUCUACCAAGAGGUGUCAUGUGAUCUGCAGAACGCAUUAGCCAGGGAAAGAAAAGAUGUUAUCGAAACAGACUUGGAGUCAGUGGUCGUUAUAUUAGGUGAAGAGAGCAAGUGUCUUAUUCCACUAGUUUCCAACUUCGAUCCUCUGCUCAGAGAUUUCGACAAGGUAUUAACAGAUCUAGCACAAACGGAGGUAGCGUGUGGGGAGUACCGUGAGAAAUGGGAACAGAGUGAGAUCCAUGUCAAGACUCUGAAGCAGCAUAAGAAGUCACUUGAACUGAGGAUUGUAGAGUUGGAAGCGCUACACCAGGCGGAAUUAAGGAGAUGGAACGAGGAGAAGAAGCAACUAGAAAGAAGAUUGGAGGAUUUUGAAUGGAAAAUAGAUCAAAGAGAAACAGAUAUGCAGCGUCUCAGUAAGUUGAACUCGGAGCUGCAGAAACAGCUGGCAGCGUCCUCUGAGCAGCUUCAGAACCUGAAGAAAGCCAGGAACAUCACUCGAAAAUUCAGUUCUGCCGUUAGGAUGGUUAAGCAGCAAAAAGAUAACGACGUCACACAAAAGAUAAUCAAGAAACUGGAAGAAGAUAGCGAGCAGUACAGUGACAGGUUCAACAUCCUGGAUAACGAGAACUCAGCAUUAGCGCGACAGCUGGAAGAAGCUCAUGAUCUGAUAGAAGAGAUGAGGAGAAGAGACGAGCUGUUGUGUAAUGAGAGGAGGGAGUGGAAGGUGGAGAGGGAGGACCUCCUGGAGGAGUCAGUCCACCUCAGAGCACAGAUGAAGAUAUUGGAGGCUGAUCUCAAUAAGCAUUACUCAGCAAGCAAAAGUCUACAGUCCCAGAUCAGGAAGGCUGAGGCUGACAUUAAAACUUAUGAAGUGGAGACGAAACGUGUCGCAGAUGAAAACCAGCUCCUGGAGUCGCAACUGACGAGAAUAAAAACCAUUCUCACGACAGAGGGGCUAUCAUUAGAGAAAUACCCUGAACUGAAUCUAAAACUACCUGAUGAGCACACAGUGAAAAAAAUUAGGAUAAGAUCGCCACCACUGCUGGAAGAAAUUCCGAAGCAUGAGAUAUCUUUACAAGAUGAACUCAAUCUUGAAGGAGCAUUAAUCAAUGAGCGACUAAGACAAGCCAGUGAUGUUGGUGAUACAGAGUCGCUCGAAAUGAAGAACACUCAACUGGAACAGGAACUGCUAAGAAGUGAAACUGAGAAGAACGCACUUUUAGUGGACGUUCACAGAGCAGAAAAAAUAGCAGGCAGUAAAGAUAAAGAAAUAAAUUCAUUGAAAGAUGAACUCAAAUCUGUGACAACUAAAAUCCUCGACCUAGAGUCACAGUUAGAAGUGUACGAAGAGCAGCGCUCUGUGAUGGAGGAACAACAGAUGAAGUUAGCGGAGCGUUUUGUCCGCAACAGUAGAGCCAGGAGGAGUUUUAGCAGGACUAACAGUAGCAGUAACCUCAGCAACACUAAUGCCUCAGAUAAUGAUUCGGAGGGUGUGAACGAUACACUGUUUGAUGAAAACAUGCAACUGAUAAGGGAAAAGCAGACUCUUCUUACGAAGUAUACGCAGCUAGAGGCAAAGUCAUUAGAGGUCGAAAGAACCCUCAAAGAUCAAAAGUCUGAAGCAGAACGCAAACUUAGGCGUCUUGAGGAGGAUUACUCUACCAUCAUGUCUUCAGAACAGAAAAUGUCAGAACUGCUGAAGGAAAUGUCUCUUAAGUUUGAGAGACUGAAGUGUUUGUAUAAUCUGCUGCAAAGUGAAGAUAACGAGGGGGAGGACCCGGAGGAACUAGUAGCCAGAUUGAAGUACAAGAGAGGAGAGGUAGAAGCCUUGUUAAGAGACAGGACAGAGAUGAGAACUCAAAUAGUGUCACUGCAGAAGAUGAUUACUAUGAGGAGUGUUGAGGAACACAAAACCGAUCUGAAUACUGGAGGUAUAGUGUCCCGCAUACUAGCUGCGCUCAGAAAAAGGAGGUCCACUAAAUCAGUUGGAGCUCUGGGGAUUAUAGCUAAGACAACAAGUGGAGCUGUAGGCAAGGAUCUGGGGCAUUCGCUGUUAGAACUCAAUCGGAGGACCUCGAUAGCAGAGUGGGCUUGUAUGAGAGGAUCAGAAUACAGCGCCCGAAAGAUUGAGGAGUUGAAAGAACUCAGCUCUGUUCCAAGAAAAAUUUCAAACGGCUGGACUUACUCUCCGGCGGGAAUAUUCUCGAAUGGUCUGCCCCCCUCUAUUCCUUUGUAUAGCAAGUUACUCAUGUUAGACGAUCGACCACAGCGUGUUAUCUGCACGUGCUUUGUGCCGCGUUGGCCAUUUCCUCGAUUCUCAGGAGUAAGGAUAAUGCUAGACAAGUCCACGAGGAGUCAGUCAACAGAAUCCAGUGCAAGUGCAACUAAAACCAGUUUUGAGGGUCGAGACUCUUCCAGCAAAUCUAAAGAUUCUAGCUCCAGGGGUUCCACUUGGUCAAGUAAAAAUUCUAUGCGCUCCACGCGCUCUAUGGAUGGGAAGUCCCACUUCCCCCUCAUAGAGGAAGCAGUGAUAAAUUCAGAAAACGUGGCUCUGGGCAUGCUCUGCAUGUCCUCCCUGAAACCACUAGCCUGCGUUGCUUUGGAAACCAGGGUUAUCGAGAGAGUGUCGAGUAAAGCAGAAGAUGGUAUGAGCGCGAGUUUGUUUUCACAAGACGUUUUGAGAAACUCCAUCAAACACGGCACUCCUUCCUCGCUGGAAAAUAGGACACAUGGAGAAGUGUCGGAGGCAGAGUUUGUAGACAAACCAGAGGAGGAGAGCUGUGGAAGAAGCGAAGUUAAGGAGAGCUGUGGAAGAGGCGCUGAAGCUGCAGGAGAUGAUGAAGAAUGUGCUAAAGAUCCUAAAGAAAAUGGAGACACUGGAAACAAUGAAGAGCGUGAAGAAUCGGCUGAAGAUGCAGAAAUGAGACGGGAACUAUUCCGGCAAACCAAGGACGCGUUUCUAAAGCGUCCUGUCGCCUCUUUUAGACACAAAGUGUCUCACAAUUCAAGAAGUCUUUACCCGUUUCUGUGGACCGUGUCCUAUGUAGAUGAGACAAACCUGUCUUUUCUGCACAUCGUCAAUCUCAACUUUCCUGCGCGGGUAACUAGAACACAGUUCCUUUGUGAAAGUAAAGUUCAAACGAUGGCUAUUAUCAACCAUUCAGCAACUGGAACCUCUCCAGAGGUGAAAGCUAAGAAAGUGCUGUUCGGCACAGAGCAGAGCAGUGAAGCACACUGCUGGAUGGGAACUUCUGAUGGGAGACUCUUUAUAAUCGAGCUAGAGGAACCCUUCACUCAGAUCUACUCACAACACCUCACCGACAGUGUACAACAGAUUCUGCACGUGGAACCGCACGUGUUCGUGUCGCUCCACAACGGGGCACUUGUGGUGUUCAACAGGGACAAGCAGGGACUCUGGGACAUGGACAACUACCAGAUCAUCGUCAUCGACACUACCGGAAGGAAAGUUCGGAAGAUAUCUUACAGUGAUAAUAGGUUGUGGUGUGGAAGCGGACCCACAGUUUCUAUUUACAAUACUGACAACUAUAGGAUCGACGAAAAGGUAGACGUGGUUAUUGGAAACAAUGAACGAAUACGGGAAGUGGUUCAUAUCGCAGACACUGUUUGGAUAAGCCUAUCCAACUCCACUAAAAUUGUCAUCUUCUCCCGAGAAACAAGACAAAUCCUCAGAGUUAUUUCUUUAAAGGGCUACCUGCUAAGAACAGGACUCCGACACGGUCUUGAUCUGCAGCGGUGUGAUCUCUACAUCACCACCAUGUUUUAUGACGGAAACCUUGUGUGGAUAGGGACCAAUAUUGGUGUAGUUCUCGCAGUUAUGUUCCCUGUGGACGUUGUGAGUAGGGAAGCAUCCCCCGAGGGAGGCAGGGACUCUCACCUGAGCAGUGUAGAUGAUGAGCUCAGUUGGGAUCCUGAAGACAAACUACUGAACAGCACUAGCAGGGACCCUGCAGAGAUCAAACCUGUGAGCAGUGAAGACCAAGGUGGUAUCCAGACAGAUGGGGAGACAGCUCAGCCAGACUCGCCUGCCUCACAUCACACACCAGGGAGGGAGGAAGAGAAGAUGAAGUCUCGUGGUAGCUCUUUGACGGAGUGUGGCCCUGUGUGGGAUGAGACACAAGAGGAGACGGAUGAGAUAGGGGAGACAGAGGAAACACACGAGACAGGAGAACAGGUGUUACUGAACAAGGAUGAAUCCUUCGACUUCUCACAUAACUUGGAGACAGAGCCCCCAAGUCCCAACAAACAAUCAAGCAUGACUGAAGAGAUUGAAGAUAUGAUAGCUUCAUUCGACCUCGACUCUAUCGCUAGAACACGAGUACAAAGCCUCAACGAGGAGCACAUACUAUUUUCAGUCUAUGGUAACCAGGGUCCAGUGAGCUGUUUCUGCUCGGUCGGAGGAGAUGAGGAUCUACCCUCACUUCUAUGUGCUGGGGGAAUAGGGUUUGAUGACUACGAAGUGAAAGGUUUAAAAUCGGUCCGAAGAAAAGAUUGCAUUGAAGCUGACUCGCCCAACGACCCACGUUUACUAGCACAGCUACUCAUGUGGAGUUACUCUAAGUGAAAGUAACCUCAUCAUGGUAACCUCAUGGUAGCCUCAUGGUAACCUAAUGGUAACCUCAUGGUAACCUCAUGGUAACCUCAUGGUAACCUCAUGGUAACCUCAUGGUAACCUCAUGGUAACCUCAUGGUAACCUCAUGGUAACCUCAUGGUAACCUCAUGGUAACCUCAUGGUAACCUCAUGGUAACCUCAUGGUAACCUCAUGGUAACCUCAUGGUAACCUCAUGGUAACCUCAUGGUAACCUCAUGGUAACCUCAUGGUAACCUCAUGGUAACCUCAUGGUAACCUCAUGGUAACCUCAUGGUAACCUCAUGGUAACCUCAUGGUAACCUCAUGGUAACCUCAUGGUAACCUCAUGGUAACCUCAUGGUAACCUCAUGGUAACCUCAUGGUAGCCUCUUGGUAGCCUCUCGGUAGCCUCUUAGUAACUUCAUGAUAACCUCAUGGUAACCUCAUGGUAACCUCUUGGUAACUUCAUGGUAACCUCAUGGUAACCUCAUGGUAACCUCUUGGUAACUUCAUGGUAACCUCAUGGUUACUUCACUGUUACUCAUGAGUUCUUCGAGGUUAUUUUGGUUACAGUUAACCGACGCGUUUACAAACACAGAUUCAGAUGAUCACCGAGCGAGAGUGCUGGUUACCAGUACUGGUUACCAUGGUUACCCUAGUUUUUUAUUAAGCCUAUGACGAAUACUGAAACGAUGAAUUAACGGUUUAUAUGGCGACUUUCAAACUGGAGGUGGAGCAACUCAAAGUUACAGUUUUUAAAUAAAUUAUAGUGUUAUUUUUUUCCUUUAAGUUUAUAAGAGAUCUGAAUUUUCAGCUUUGCAUGCGCCAUGCGAGUACACAAUUAAAGUGUAAUACAGCAUGACUGGUGUUAAUGUUAUUAAGUUAUUGAAAUAACGUUAUUUAGUAAUUGCAAUGAUUUCGCAAGACCGACCAGGUAUGGGUUAUAUAGUGUAGAUAAACUGUAGAAUUUAUUGUAAAAUUUGUAGUUUUCUUUGUUUUGUGAUACAUAACUUUGUAACACAUAUUUCCUCCGGUGUGUUGUUAUAAAACAUCAAAUUUAUUUAAUCCAAUGCGUCACUCGAGUUUCAACACACCCUCGGAUCUAUUCUAAUUCAUGGACAAAACAUGACAACCGUUGUAACUUAUCUAUGCUAUUAAAUAUCGAGUAAUGUUCUCUCCUCUGGCUCUACGGUAGAGAAAAUUAACAAUGUUCGCUUUUCUGACAUACAGCAGGAAUGUAGAGGCUACCUUCCUGCUGUAUGUCAGAAAAGCGAACAUUGUUAAUUUUCAAAAGGUUAGGUUGCUUAUAUUAACAUUUGAGCAACUUUUGCCUUGAUUUUUGGCUGGCGUUGACCGUCAUGGUUUUAUUAUUUGAAUUAUAGUUUUAAUAUUGCAUCAUAUAUUUGAAGAGUUUGAAUUUCAUGUUGAAUUUUUUUGAAUUCUUUUUUGUUUGUGGAUUAUUGAAAAUGGUUAAUGUUGGAUCAGUCCCAAGUCAUGUAUGAAAUGUUU